AUGGCGUUCGAUGGUACUUGGAAGGUAGACAGAAAUGAGAACUAUGAAAAGUUCAUGGAAAAAAUGGGUAUUAAUGUGGUGAAAAGGAAGCUUGCCGCUCAUGACAAUUUGAAACUGACAAUUACACAAGAAGGAAAUAAAUUCACAGUCAAAGAAUCAAGCACUUUUCGAAGCAUUGACAUUAUUUUUGAGCUUGGUGUCACUUUUAAUUACAGCCUUGCGGAUGGAACUGAACUCACUGGUGCUUGGAGCCAAGAGGGAAAUAAACUUGUCGGAAAAUUCAAACGGGUGGACAAUGGAAAUGAACUAACUACUGUCCGUGAAAUUAUCGGUGGUGAAAUGGUCCAGAUCAGAAUCUCUGAAAAUAGAACCAGGGAUUUUAGAAAACUCUCAAGUGAUUCUGAUACAGCAGACAGUAUCUCCUCCAGCGAAAAACCCGAACAACCGGUUUCCCACCGGGACGCUGCAGGGAGGAGCUAUCGGGCUGCUUCCCGCGCUUCCCCCGCCUCCGGGUGGAGGCGGCGCCGCCUGCCUGCAGUCACGGAGACAGCCGACCGGCCGGCGGCGCUUGCGCGCUGGGAGAGGCGGGCACAGGGCCCAUUUCCGGGGCGGGAGCUGCGCAUGCGUGUGGGGUCGGAAUUUGUCCACUCUCUGGCCAGGUGA